CCGACGUGGAACACCUAAAAUGGGGACAGGACUUGCCGCCAUGCUGCAGGCUCAGCUGUAAUCGCCGUGAAGACGCCUUUUCCGUUCACCUCGCUCUCCACUUGGACUUGGCCCCCCUGGCCCCUGACCUGCAGCCCUUCUUGAUUUUUUUUAAACUGCUGCCCGCCGCCUCCCUCCCUUCAACUCCUUUCUUUCCCUGCUUUUCUACUGAGGCCAUUCUCAAACACUCCUUAUCCAAACCAUGGCCAGCAGACUCCGCCUGUCCUCCCUGUUUCUCCCCCUCCUGCUCCCUGCACUGUUGCUCCUCCACCUGCCCGGCAUGGUGAAGGGGGAUUGCUGGCUGAUAGAGGGGGAUAAAGGCUACGUUUGGCUGGCUAUCUGCAGUCAGAACCAGCCUCCAUACGAGACCAUCCCCCAGCACAUCAACAGCACGGUUCAUGAUCUGAGGCUGAAUGAGAACAAACUUAAGGCUGUGCUCUUUACCUCCAUGUACCGCUUCACGAACCUCACUGACCUCAAUCUUACCAAGAACGACAUCAGCUACAUCGAGGAUGGGGCCUUCGCUGGACAGGCCAACCUCCAGGUUCUCCAGCUGGGCUACAACAAGAUGACCAACCUGACUGAGGGCAUGUUGAGAGGUCUGGGUCGAAUGCAGUGCCUCUUUUUGCAACACAACCUUAUUGAGGUCAUUUCCACCAAUGCCUUCUGGGAGUGCCCGAGCCUCAGCAGCCUGGACUUAUCUUCCAAUAAGUUGGCCCGUCUGGACCCCUCUACCUUCACCGUCCUGAACAGGCUGUUGGUGUGUGAGCUAGCAGGAAACCCGUUCCACUGUGGCUGUGACCUCUUCAGCUUUCUCACCUGGCUGGAGGCGUUUAACAACGUCACCCACACCUACGACCGCCUCCAGUGCGAAACCCCUCUGGGAAUGAAUGGUUAUCCACUUCUCAGCCCGGUGCCCGGACAUGGAAGAAAUGCCCGUUACACCCUUUUAUCCAUGUGUCGGGACGGUGUGAUAAUUCCAGGGAUGACCUCCCAGACCCCAGAUCAAGAUGGCUCAGGCAUGGGUUUUGACCACCCAGACCAAGGUCUGUACCACCAAACAACAAUAUCGUCAACUGCUGGCCCCACCUACAACCAUCAGAUUUCCAUGAAGCUUCAAACUGUCUCCCUCUACACUGCUUCUCUAAUGGUGCAGAUCCCACGACCGUACAGUAAGAUGUACAUCCUCUCCCAGUAUAACCAGAGUUUUGUUUCGGACAUCAAGCCCCUUAAAAACAAGAAUGAGGUGCUAGUUUUGGACAAUCUGAAACCGCACACAAACUACACCUAUUGUGUGGCUUCUGCAAGCAAAUCUCAGCGCUACAAUCACACCUGUCUGUCCUUUACCACACGAGCUAUGGGACCUGAAGACCCGCGAGCCAAUCCAUCCACAACUACCCACUACAUCAUGACCAUCUUGGGAUGUCUGUUUGGCAUGGUCAUUGUGCUUGGAUUGGUCUAUUACUGUCUCAGACGGCGACGCAUCGAGGAAGAGAAGCAGAAGGCUAUAAGUGUGAAGAAAACUAUUUUGGAGAUGAGGUAUGGCCCCGAGGCAGCUGCUGCUGUGGCCAAUGACCCAGGCUCCAUGCAGCGUCUCCAGGAGCAAGCUCACCACCAGCACCACCAUUCAGGGGGAGCAGGAGGCAAGCUGCCCCCAUCUGCCUCCUCUAGCACAGGCAUGCUCCACGGCUCUGCCAACACCAGUUCCUCCCGCCUCUGCACCUUGCCACAGGUGGAAAAAAUGGCCAGUGCCUUCUCUGAGGCAAUGGCCGGCAAGGGCAACUACAUGGAUGUGAGGACGGCGGGACUGGCAGGGGAAGGAAGGGAGGGAGGUGUGGGAGCUGGAGCAGCAGUGAUAGGUGGGGAAGUAGUUGUGGAUAAGCGAGGUGUUGCUGAGAAUGGGACGGAGGCUGGGGAGGAUUCGGAUGACGAUGGCCGUGGCUCAGCAUCAGAGAUCUCCACCAUCGCCAAGGAAGUGGACAAGGUGAACCAGAUCAUCAACAACUGCAUUGAUGCCCUGAAGCUGGAUGCCUCUGCUAAUGUUGUAACCACAACUGAUAAUGGCAACCCGGUGUCCUCCUCCCAGCCACAAACUUGCAUCGCGUCCCUCCCCCGCAACCUCCUGCCCCUCUCUCCAGGCCAUCUUGGAGAUCAGAUCAUGGCCUCCUCUCCAAAGGUGCAUCCAAAGCCUCACCCCCAGCCUCACCCUCAGCCACAUCCCCAGUCACACCCCCUGUCACACCCCCAGUCACAUCCUCAGCCACAUCCUCAUCCUCAGCUACAUCAGCCACCUCACCCGCCUUCAAUGGCACCAGUGCCCCUUGUAAUGCCCCUCUCUGAGCGGCCGGGCAUCAGCGGUGGGGGGUUCCUGUCUCCUCCUUACCGCGACCCACCACCAGCUAAUGCAGUGCGGCCACUUCAGAGGCAGUUGAGCGCUGACACUGCUGUGGUGAAGAACCGUUGUGGUGCCCAGGCUCCUGGAUCUGUCAAGAGCAACCGGGUGUAUAGUGUUGAUAUCCCUGAGCAGCGCAGUGAUCCUCCCAAGUACCCAACAGAAAAAGGCAGCCCUGUGGGUUGUGGAGGAGGGGGUGGAAAUGGAGGUGGUGGCGGAGUAGGUGGAUGCAAUGGGAAUGGGAUGGGAAACGUAAAUGGCGGUGGGGUGAGUUUGAAUGGGGGCGGGAUGGGGUGUAAUAACGGGGGUGGAGGUGGAGGUGGAGGUGCAGGUGUUGGCCCUGGACAACAGCAGCACCACUUGGAGGUUCAGCCAGAUUACCACAGCUCCGAGCACCGGCACUCCUUUCCUGCACUCUACUACGAGGGCGGCAACGAAUCACCCUCACCGGCCCAAAAGGCCUCCUUCCUCAAGCCACUGGGCCGCACCAAGAGGGAUGCCACCGCCACCUACUCCCAGCUCUCACCUUCUCGACACCACAACUACAACUCUGGCUACUCCUCCAGUCCCGAGUAUUCGUCUGAGAGCACACUGCGGAUCUGGGAGCGAUUCCGGCCUUACAAGAAGAGCCCCAGAGAGGAAGCAUCGUAUAUAGCGGCAGGCCACGCCCUGCGUAAGAAGGUGCAGUUUGCCAAGGACGAGGACCUUCACGAUAUCUUGGACUACUGGAAGGGAGUUUCUGCCCAGCAGAAGCUGUGAGCAAAGGAAGCUAAGUCGAAUGCUGUAACGGAGAUUGUGAGGUUUGAUGCCAACAGCAGACUAAUA